ACCUGACACUAAAGCACGAUGUUGAGACUGCUGGUACUCGCUGUAUUGGUCCUUGGUGGACAUUGUUCUGGAAACCUCCGCUUCCUGGAGGAUAAUUCUCGUGUGGUAGGAGGAACUAAUGCUUCCCCAAAUUCUUGGCCAUGGCAGAUCUCACUCCAGAUCCAAUCUGGCAGCGGCUAUUCCCACACUUGUGGAGGCUCCUUGAUCCGCCCCGACAGAGUCCUGACUGCCGCUCACUGCGUGGACAGGGCCGGACCAUUCCGUGUCAUACUGGGUGAGCACAAUCUGAGUGUGAACGAUGGCUCCGAGCAGAUCAUUGCUGUUUCUAAAAUUGUGAAGCACGUCAACUGGAACCCAAGCAGUGUUGCAGCUGGGUUUGACAUUGCUGUGCUCCAUCUGGCCUCCAGCGCCUCCUUGAACAGUAAAGUGCAACUGGCUGCACUCCCCAGUAAUGGAGUUAUUCUGGCUCAUAAUUCCCCUUGUAUCAUUACUGGAUGGGGCAGGACUGUCACCAAUGGACCACUUCCCGCCAUCUUGCAGCAGGCCCCUCUGCCUUCAGUAGCCCAUGCAACUUGCUCUACCUCUUCCUACUGGGGAAGCACAGUCAAGACCUCCAUGGUGUGCGCUGGUGGUGAUGGAGUUACUGCUGGAUGCAAUGGAGAUUCUGGUGGUCCCCUCAACUGUCCUAACAAUGGCAUCUAUGAAGUUCAUGGCAUUGCCAGUUUUGUGUCCUCCCUGGGAUGUAAUGCUUACCUGAAGCCCACCGUGUUCACAAGAGUCUCUGCUUACAUCGACUGGAUCAACAAUAACAUCUAAGCAGGACACAGCAGUCACAACACUGAGAAGUAGAACUGCAGCUAUUCCUGAAAUCAGAUAUUUCACUAUUAUUUCAUGUUGCAUAUAAAACCUAAUUAAAUUAAUUGAUCACAGUUUCCUCUGUAUCUGUGUGUGUUUACUGUUCCUUCUCUGACUAAGAAUUGUAGAUCUUGGCACCAAGGAUUCUUUAUGAACUUUUCAGCACUACUGUGUUGUGGGUCAGUUGCCCAACAUACAGCAUGUACAGUGCACAGAUUCAGUUCCUAUGAUGACGGUAUCCAGUAAUGGAUAUUUAAAGUUUUGGCAGUCUGGGCUCCAUACAAACAUGGCAGAUGUAUCUGGCCUGUAGGCCGUCAGCUGGGCAUCUCUUCUUUGUUGGAAAGAAAAGGCUGUGUUUUUUUACAUUUAUUUUUAAAUAAUUAUAAAUUGUGACCCUAUAGUUUAGACAAGGAAUAAAUCCUUUAUAUGAACCGUGUCUAUUAAUAAAAGAACACUAAGGGGGUUAUUUACUAAACUCC